CCGCGCUGCCGUGUGCUGGCUGGACGAUGCGGGGACCAGCGGCAGCAGCAGGCUAGUGUUCCUGCCCUCACAUGGCUCCAGGGUCGGUGAAAGGUCCGUUAGUGUGGCUGCUCCUGGGGCUCUGCGGCCGGCUGACCCACACCACGAACACCCGAGUCUCUGAGGACGAUGACGUCCUGCUGCCGUACGCCCACGGACACGGCCCCUCCCACUCCCACCGCCACGUCCGGGACUGUCAGCCCGUCGUCCACGGCAACGCCACCCACGAGAGCUGGCCCGCCAACCGCAGCGGGUCGCCGGCCGCCGAGUCCAGAGUGUUUGUGUCGGCCGUGGAGGGAAACAGAUGGGUUUACGGUCACCUGACGGUGGUGCGGGACCCGGUGGAGACCCUGUCGGUGGUGGAGCCGGGCGGUCCGGGCGGCUGCCUGAUGAGUCGGAGGGCUGCGGUGGAGCAGACGGCGCAGGCCGCCGGCUGUCUGUUCGCCCAGAACGCCGGAUUCUUCAACACGCAGUCGGGUGAAUGUCUGGGUAACGUGGUGAGCGACGGGCGCCUGGUGCAGGACAGCGGCGGCGUGCAGAACGCUCAGUUCGGCAUCAGGAGGGACGGGACCCUCGUGUUCGGGUAUCUGUCCCAGGAGGACGUCUUGGACCAGUCCAACCCGUUCGUCCAGCUGGUCAGCGGAGUGGUUUGGCUGCUGAGGAACGGAGAAGUUUACAUCAACGAGAGCAUAAAGGCCGAGUGUGACAAGACUCAGGAGACCGGGCAGUUGGGUCAUUUUGUGGAGGUGGUGUCGGCCCGGACGGCGGUGGGCCACGACGCCGAGGGGAACGUGGUGCUGUUCCACAUCGACGGACAGACGGAGAUCAGAGGGAUGAAUCUGUGGCAGCUGGCUGAGGCUCUGAAGAGUUACGGGAUCAUUAACGCCAUCAACCUGGACGGAGGAGGGUCCUCCACCUACGUCAGUGGAGGCUCGCUGUCCAGCUACCCGUCUGACCACUGUAAAUCAGACAGCAGGUGGCGCUGUGCCCGGGCCGUCUCCACCGUCCUCUGCGUCCACCGGCGCCGCUGCCGGCCGGAGGACUGCGGCCCCCACGGAGUCUGCACCGCCGAGGGUUGUGCCUGUGAUGCUGGAUGGACCGGGAACAACUGCAGCCAAGUGUGCCUCCCUGGUUUCUAUGGUGACGGCUGUAAUCAGACGUGCGUCUGCGCUAACGGAGCUUCCUGCGACGCCGUCCACGGACGCUGCAGCUGCAAACCAGGAUUCAGAGGGAACCGCUGCGAUCAAGUGUGUCCUGUGGGCUUCUUCGGCCCCUCCUGCUCUCUGGAGUGUCGCUGUGACGACCAGUGUCCAUGUGACCCUCAGACAGGAAGCUGCAACGCCACGCUGAGAGGAGAGACCAACAACACCGUACACAGAGCUGGACAUUGUUUGGCCAAACAAAUGUUUACAUUGUGGAAGCGAGAAGCAGAAGUUCACAUGGAGCCUCAUCUGACCGAGAGGACGUGGUUGGCGAUCUCCUUCACGCUGGCGUCUCUGCUGUCCGUCAGCCUGCUGUUCCACCUGGCGAGGGCGUGGCGCGGCGUGGCGCCCGUCGGCUUCUCGGAGCGGCGAGACUUCUCCUACGUCCCGCUGACGGACAUCAACGGCGCCGCGGGAGCCAACGCCGGCCGGAGCUCCGCCUUCGACCUGGACGACUCGGACUCUCAGGACGACGUCUGGGCUCCGAGCCGCUCCGGGAAGUCCUAGCUGGAAGACUCGUUAUUCAAACUUUUUGAGACAUUCUCAAAGACGAUCCUGCUGAAAUGUAAAGGAAGCAGAUUUCUUCUUCUUCUCUGCUGACGCCAAACUCUUCCAGGAGAAGUGUCCGGCAGCAAAUUGUUUCCAGCCGAGGCCUUUUAAUGUGACGGUGGAAGGAAACUGAAAGCUUUAUUUAGUGUGUGAGCGGCUCCAGGGAGGACCAGCUGCUCAGGAAUCAGGAUUUAGAGUUACGGUACGACGCUGCUGCGUUAUUAUGGAUCCUUCUGCAGCUCUGAACAAUCUGAUGUGUUGUUCUAUUUAGUGUGUUUUGGUGGUAAAACGGUGAAGGUUGUUGAUGAGUUGGUUAGUUAGAACUGGUGGCAGAAACUUAAACUCACACGGGGUCAUGGAGGGUUUAAUCAGUUAAUAAACGAUGCGACUUUUCUUCUCUGGGAUCCUUAAUAACGCAGCAUAAAACCAAAAGAGAUAUUUUUAAUGUAUCAAGACAAUAACAGCCUUAUUCAUGGCAAAUAUUAGCUGCAUAUUAGGCCUGUUAAAGAUAUUAUUUCUAUGUUUAUUUGGUUUAUCUGUCAGCAAGAAGCACCAAAAACGUCUCCAAACCAAGGUUAUUAUAGUUAACGAAAACUAACAAAAUAACGAAAACUAAAAUUGAAAAACCAUUUUUGUUAACUGAAAUAAAAAUAAAAACAAGAGUUUUUAAAAAAACCAUAACUAACUGAAACUGUAUUGUGUGGUUACAAAACAAACUAAAAUUAUAGUGAAAAUGUCCUUAGUUUUCAUACAUAAUUCAGUGUUUCUAUUUCAACAUGCAGGAACACAUGGUGAAUAUGUUUACUGAGACUGGGAUGUUUACACUAGAACCAAAAUACAAAACACCCAGAACUGUAAGAGUUAAUAACCUUAUUGAGGCUGAGAUGAUAAACCAAAGGAAAUGAAGGCACCAACCCAUUACAAAAAAACUAAAACUAACACUAAAACUAAUAAAAACUAAACUAAAACUAAGCAUUUUCAAAAAAUAAAAACUAAACUAAAACUAGCAAACUCACUCUAAAAACGAACUAAAACUAACUGAAUUUGAAAACAAAAAUUCACAACGAAAUUAAAACUAAAACUAAUGAAAAAUCCAAAACUAUUAUAACCUUGCUCCAAACUCACUGGAGAGCCGUCAGGUUCUUCCUUUAUACAAAAAAUGCAAACCAUGCUUCAUUAUUCCAACAUAUUUAUGGACUUUAUUUGGUUAUUAUUCAUUGUUGUUAUCUUAUUCUGGCUGCCUGAUGGAAUGUCAUUUAAGUCAAUAUUAAAUAAAUGCAUAAAUGAAAUGAAAUGGCUAUAAAAUGAAUCCUGGAAUAAAUAAAUGAGGCACUAAAAAUAUUUGAAAUCAUGCAAAUCCCGGAAAAAAAACAUAAAUGUGGAAUCAUGAAAUAAAAGCUCCAGAAUAAAGCAAAAGUGAAAAUAUGUAUGAAAUAAACCCCUUAAAAAAUAUGUAAAUAUUAAAUAAAAUUUGCUGAAAAACGAUGAGUAAUAACAAAAGCCUCUAAAAAAAAUAUAAAUGUAGAAUCAUGAAAUGAAAGCACUGACUAAUAAAUUAAAAUAAAUGAUGAAUUAUAGAAUAAAAAUUCCAGGGGAAAAAAUGACAUUAUGAGAUGAAACCCCUCCUUAAAAUAAUUUAUAUGGAAAUAUUAAAUAAAAGCCUGUAAAGAAAAUAAAUGGAAUAAUGAAAAAAAAAAAAGUAAAAA